AGUGAACUGAAUAUUAUUGUAGGUAUGGCUGCCUCCGAGCAGUGGCCCACCAACAAGGAGGAUUAUGAACUUCUUGAUGUCAUUGGCACUGGUGGCACUGCCAGCGUUCAAAUUGCUCUUUGCAAGCCCAGAAACGAGAAAGUUGCUAUCAAAAGAAUAGAUCUUGAUAAGACAGAAUUCAGCAUUGAAAAAGUGAUAGAAGAAGUCAAUGUUAUGUCAAAGUUUGCUCAUGAGAGUAUAGCACAGUACUUUACGGCAUUUGUGGUGAAGCUGGAGUUGUGGGUCGUGAUGCGGCUAUACGGGGGAGGCUCUGUGCUCGAUGUUAUGAAACACAUCGUGAAAACUGAAGGCAAGACUGGAGGGGGUAUUCUAGAUGAGGUUACAAUUGCUACAAUCCUAAAAGAAGUUCUGAAAGGCUUGGAAUAUGUGCACAGUAAUCAAUAUAUCCACAGAGAUGUCAAAGCGAGUAACAUUCUCCUGGGAGAAGACGGUUCAGUGGUGCUCACAGAUUUUGGAGGAAGUGGUCUAAUCUACGACCAGAGUGACAGGAAACAGAAGACAAGGCGCACCUUUGUCGGUACCCCCUGUUGGAUGGCACCAGAAGUUAUGGAACAAGUUGUGGGGUACAACGAGAAGGCGGAUAUAUGGAGCUUUGGGAUAACCGCCAUUGAGCUGGCAGUCGGUAAAGCACCUUACCACAACUACCCUCCGAUGAAGAUAUUAAUGAUGAUUCUUGGGAGAGAUCCACCAACCCUCGAUGACUGCAUGGUUGACGGCGAUAAUGCUAAAUAUUCCAAACAGUUCAAGAAAAUUAUCGAAAAAUGUUUGGUGAAAGAUCCAGCCAAAAGACCUUCCGUAGCAGAGAUAAAGAAAGAUCCGUUCUUCAAGAAAGCCAAAGAUAGGCAGUGGAUCAUCGAUCAUCUUGUUCACAAGGGAUUAACAACAGCUAAACGAGGUCAGAAAGUUAAACGUGUUCCUGGCGAGAGUGGGAGGUUGCACCAAACUGCUACUGGGUGGGAGUGGAGUGAUGAUGAUUACGAUGAGCGAGACUCUAAACCUAAAUCAAGCGAGAACAAGACGAAUUCAGGAGAAGAUGAAAAAGUUCCGGCCGGGUCCCCAUCUACAGCCGACCCCGGAAACCACCAGCAACUCCUCAUCACUUCACAGCAAUACCAAGCGACCCUACAGGAAGCCUGGAGAAACCUGGCCCUUCUCGAACAGAAACCUGACAUAUCUACCUUGACAGAUAAGAUAAAAGAAAUACUCGAUGAUCUUUCCUGUGAGCUUAAGAUAACACCAGAAGUUGUUCAAAAGCUGUGGGAUAUUAACAAAAGUAUCAACGAACUUUUGAAGGAUACUGAUAAGAGGCUGCCCGCUGACUUAUCGUUAAAAAUACGGAUGAGGAAUAUUGAUAAUCGUCUGAAUGAUAUCUGUUUUCCAUUUACGAUUGGAAUGGACACACCGAUACAAUUAGCAGCAGAGUUAGUAAACGCUGGCCACAUCAACCCCAAAACAGCGAACGCCACAUCAAAAGCCAUACAGUAUAUUAUCGACCAUUACCCUGUUUGUAAAGUCACAACUUUCAAACUUUCUGAAAUAGGAUUGUCUGAAAGUGAUUAUGACGAAGCGAAACUAAUCGGCUACGCUCAACUGUCUGCGACAUAACGAUUACCUAGAUCUGGGGUAUAUUAUAAAUUUUGUAGAUUGGAAUACAGUCGAUCUCUCAGUCCAGCUCUACUUCAUAUCGUGUCGUGGCGAUUAAAAGGAUAAAAAAUGAACGAUAAAAAGCAAGCUCAAAAACUUUUAAUUAAACUAUAAUCCAAUUAAUCGUCUUGAGUUUAUAUUUUCUUAUGAUAUGAACAGCAAUCUAAGAAAAUUAUGGAACUUGGAUUUAGCCACGUGAAUUCAUAAUCGAAUCGUUUUAUAGUUGAUCAUAGCGGUUUUUAGUCUUUAUCACAAGUAUUUAUAAAUAUUCGUGAAAACGCCCGAGGGCUGGGCUGUUUAGGAACACUGAUCAUCGAUGAAACAUGGGCCGCAUCGGCUUGGGUUAACGUGUCCCCAGAAUGCAGUAUUUUUAGACCCUGAAAAUUCUGCAUAAGUUCUGCAUACUAUAACCAAUAACCAUUCCGGUGCGUCCUGCUUCAUAGGUUUGACACCUUUGUGGUAUCCCGAUAUUUUUUAUUAUAUUAAACUGUAAAGAUGAAAAAAGAACGAUUCAUACAAGUGCAUGAAACGUAAAACAUCUUUGUUAUCUAUGGAGAACCUCCUUCUGAUCGUAAAAUGUUAAAAUGAACAAAAUUAUUUCCAUAUGAUUCUCGUGUGUGAGUAUAUUUUAACGAGUUUCAAAAAGUGAUUAUAUUUACGAUAUCUUCUCUUAAAGUUUCACAAUCCAAUGAUCAUGUUCCACCAUUUGUUUUACAUUAUAUUGUAUUUCGACCUGGGCGAAUAAUUUUAAAAGGCCCAGGAUUUCAAGAUUUUCCUAAAAAGCGUUGUCAGUUCAAGUUUAGACUUACAUAUUAUCUAUAGUUAUACCUGAUUAAAUUUGAACGGGGGUCAAUUAAUUAGCAUAUUGUUCUGUGUUUUGAUGUUUAGUGUUAACUUUAAAUGUAAAUAAAUAUAUUAUACGAUGUUUCGAUCUUUUUGAGGAAAGAAUCUUUUUAAUGCAGCUGCUGCCAGUUUGCUUUGUCCAUUCAUGUUUUGGGUGAGCUUAAUGAUUAUGGGCCCAUGCAUUUUUUGCAUUUUUUGUGCACUUCAUUUCCCAAAUGUGGGCUUUAAAUUAGUUCAUCUUUUCAAGCAAGAUUAUUUAUGCGUCAUAUUUAAUCAUUAACUGAGAAUUCAAACGUUACAUUACCUCAACAUUGCAUUCAUUGUUUGAGUAACAGGUACGACUUGGAUUAGUGAUUUCUUCAAUAUAGCAUAGCCAAUUGUUUUACUUUACGAUUUUCCAUCUGUGGAUAUUUAAAAUACGACGGAAACAAAAUGAUUAAUACGUGAUGGUUAUAAUAGAAACUAAGGAACGUUCAGUCAACGAGGCACUGAUAAGUUAUAAUAUAUUCUAAUCUUGAUAUAAUUGCAGACCUAGUAUAAUAGUCUGCGAUUAUUGGAAAACUGACCCGGCCGGAUGUAUAAGAUAUUGUGAUCACAGUCAAACACCACCACGCCGGUAAAAGGAACAGCUCUGUGACAUUUCAAAACUUUUUCUGCUGCUGAAUUUAAACGAAAUCUGGCGUGAUCGCGUGAGAUGAUUUAAGUAGUGUUAUUAAUUGGGGAUACGUUCAAUUGAUACGUUACCCAGAUCAUUUCCAUUUUCAAGCCCUUUCGUUAUCACUUUU